CUCCAUAAGCCCAGUUUUGCAGUGUGGUGUUUGUGCCUCUCCAUCUCCAAGCAGGGGGAAGCAGAGUCAGGGUCACCCCUCCACUCACAAGAGGCAUUUUGGGCAGCAUGAGAGAAAGUGGCUCAGACAACCAUUUGUUCCAUCUGCAUCUCUCUGAAUAUGCUUCCCAUUACCCCUAAUCUUGUUACUUUAAUUACCAAAGCCAUUAGGGCUCUGCAGUCAAAGGAAACGAAAAAAAAUUAUGCAAUUAUCAGCCCUCAAAUUGAGUUAAAAUCUUGUAAUAAAUUACAGCAAAGACCACUUUCUCCAGUGACUCUCAGAGGCACAUUUGACUCCCUGCUUCAGGGCAGAAACUCAAUUAAAAACAAAAACUUAUUUCAUUUUCAUUGCCGGGCUAAUGAAACCUCUGUCGCUUGCAGCAUCUCUCUGUGUAUGUCCAGUGUCUGGGCUCUGUGAGUGGUUCUUGCUCCCUGCUGAUGUCUAUUUUGCACAUAUGUAUUUAUUAUAUAAAUAUAUAUAUUAUUAUAUGGUAUAUUUAACUGCAGCAGCUGAUGGUGGCAAACAUAAAAAUGGGUAAAAAUAAUGUAUUUCUCUCUGUCAAUCCACUUAACAAGGGGCAGGUUGGAUGCAAAGCUGUGGUCAUCACUGCUGCUCCACCCUCCUACUUUUACCAGGGUGGUUUGGGGAGUAUAAAACACACCAGGAUUGGCACAGGGAAAGCCUUGGCACGGUCAGGGUGUUCCCAUGGCCCUGCUUGGUGGUGAGAUGAGGAAACAAGCAGGAAGGUGACCACUCACCAACAGUGAUAUUCUGAAACUUCUCCAAUAAACCACUUUGACUGAGAUGUCUUCUGUCAAGGUGUCAGAAACUUCUGUCAAAAACUUUUCAGUCAAAAAACUUUUCUGUCGAAACCUUCUCCAACAAACACCUUUGACAGAGGCCAUUUCUACUCUUGCAGGGGUUGAGGAUCCUGCUGCAUCCAAAGAGCACAUGAGUCAAUCAGAUUUCCUGGAAAACAUGCAGAUUUCUACAACAAGGUCUCAGCACGUGCUCAGGCAGGGUGGAGACUGUUUAUCCACUGCUGUCAUCCUUGACCAACACCAGGAAAGGCAAAAACAAAACCAGGGAGGAUAUAUUUCCUGCCCACUUGCUCUGGCACAAGUGAAAGAGGUUCCUAAAAGCCUGAUUCGAGCAUUCAGCAGGAUGGAAACAGGGGAAGAAACUCCUCUGCCUGGAACUGCCUGGAAUGGGUAUUUAAGCAAUUUUAGGCACGGGACCACAGCAGGCAGCCACUUGUCAAACACAACCUCAGCGGUGACAACAAUCACAGCCCCCUGGCUGGCUGGUGCCAACUCCAGUGAGUACCCGUACGAGUACCUGGACGAGGAGGAUUACGGGCAGUAUGGGCUCUGCACCAAGGAGGAGGUGCUCUCCUUCAGCAAAGUGUUCCUGCCUUCGUUUUACACCGUGGUCUUCCUGCUGGGGAUGGCCGGGAAUGCCCUCCUGUUCAUCGUCCUCAUUAUGUACAUCAGGAAGAGGAAGAAGAUGACUGAGGUGUAUCUGCUGAACCUGGUGGUUUCAGACUUCUUCCUGCUGCUGACCCUUCCUUUCUGGGCUCUGUACGUUUCUCAGGGGGUCACCUGGGACAUUUUGUGCCCGGUCUUAAAUGCCAUGUACACUCUGAACUUCUACAGUGGCAUCUUUUUUGUGAGCUGCAUGAGUCUGGACAUGUAUCUGCAGAUAGUUUAUGCUUGCUCUGCUCACAGCUCCACGUCAUGGAGGAAGUCCAUCCUUGGCUUGUUGGUGGUGUGGAUCCUUUCCAUACUUCUCUCCAUUCCUGAUGGCCUUUUCACCAGCACAAGGCAAAUCCACAAUAAAACCACCAUGUGCACCCAGGAUUAUGGCCAGGACCACUUAUUUUGGAAAGUUGUCUUUCAGGUCACUCAAAACAUCCUGGGCUUCCUUUUGCCCUUCCUCUUCAUGGUGUUCUGCUACUCCCGCAUCGUCUGUGUCCUCAGCACGUCACAGCUGCCUGGCUCCAGGAGAGCUCUCUGCUUGGUCUUCACUCUGGUGGGUGUCUUCUUUGUCCUGUGGUCUCCCUACAACAUUGUCCUCAUCCUCCACUCCCUGCAGGAUGUCGGUGUGAUCAGGAGCUGUGAAAGCAGCAGGAAGCUGGACUAUGCCAUGCAGGUCACGGAGAGCUUGUCCUUUGUCCACUGCUGUCUCAACCCCUUGCUCUAUGCUUUUGUGAAGAAACGAUUCAGGUCCUACUUGUGGAAGAUCCCUCAGGCCAUUUUCAGGAGAAGUGGUUUCUUUCACAUCCAGCCCUCAGAGACAAGCCCAUCUUGCAGCAGAUACGUGGCUGAGAUAGAAAUGUUGAGUGUCACAACUGUAUCAUAAAUAUUUACAUUAUUUACACUGUGUGUGUGCCCUCUGUGCUGCAUUUGGUCCUGGCCAUGGGAUGGAGUUGGUGUGAGCCCACAACGCUUCGCAAUCAGACAGUUCAUCCAAGAACCACCCUCGAGAUGAGGAUUUUCCGUGUUGGGAUUGGGAAAGUACUUGUGGGAUUUGUUUCUGUUGAUACAAAACUGGGAGGAGCUGUUGACUCCCUGGAAGGCAGGGAGGCCCUGCAGAGAGACCUCAAAAAAUCAGAGGGCUGGACAAUCAUCAGCCAUGGGAAGUUCAACAAGGGGAAGUGCUGGAUCCUGCCCCUGGAAUGGGGCAACCCUGGAUGUAUGGACAGACUGGGAAU